UGUGAAACACCGCGUAACAUGAAGGCCAAAAAUCGAAUAAAACCACCAUAACACAAGUCAAGCCAGCCCCAAUUCACAGAUCCCCAAUUCACAUAAACCCUAGAAAAUCAAUCUCGAUCAUUUCGCUUCAAUCCGAUCCAAUCCACCAUGGGAAACACCGAGAAGAUGAUGAACCAGAUCAUGGAGCUCAAAUUCACCGCGAAAAGCCUGCAGCGCCAGGCUCGCAAGUGCGAGAAAGACGAGAAAUCCGAGAAGCUCAAGGUCAAGAAAGCCAUCGAGAAAGGCAACAUGGACGGCGCUCGCAUCUACGCCGAGAACGCCAUCAGAAAGCGUAGCGAGCAGAUGAACUAUCUCCGCCUCGCGUCCCGCCUCGACGCCGUCGUGGCGCGGCUCGAUACUCAGGCGAAGAUGCAGACGAUCAGCAAGUCGAUGUCGAAUAUAGUGAAAUCGCUCGAGUCAACGCUGGCGACGGGGAACUUGCAGAAGAUGUCGGAGACGAUGGAUAGUUUUGAGAGGCAGUUUGUGAAUAUGGAGGUGCAGGCGGAGUUUAUGGAGAGUAGUAUGGCGGGGAGUACGUCGCUUUCGACGCCGGAAGGGGAGGUGAAUAGUUUGAUGCAGCAGGUGGCGGAUGAUUACGGGUUGGAGGUGUCGGUGGGGUUGCCGCAGCCGGCUGCUCAUGCUGUGCCGGUUAAGAGUGCGGAGAAGGUGGAUGAGGAUGAUCUCACGAGGCGGCUUGCGGAGCUUAAGGCCCGUGGGUAAUGAGUGAUUUGGUUAUUGAUUGAUGUUAUGUGUGGUAUAUGUUAUGUCAUAUUCUACUAUUCUACUGAACGUGGUUUGUAAAUUCAUGAAUUGUGGAUUCGUGGUACUAGACUUAUUGGGUAAUGAUAUUUUAUGUACUUCCGAUGUUUACUCCUGUGAA